UCUAUUCUGUGGUUAUAAACUUAUUACUUACAUUAAAUACAGAACCAAUUUGAAAUUGAAUGGUCUUGUACAUUUAUUUGUUCUAAAAUCGUAUGUUGUAUCUAAAUUUAAAUACAUUUUUCUUAUAUUUCUAAUCUACAAAUACCUAUGUCACAAUUAGGAAGGGUAAAGCAAUGGAACACGUUUGCUCGCUGUUGGCAUCUGUUUGACGCAGCUUGGCAAAAUCCUUUAGAAUGUGCUCCAACAAUUGAAAAGUAUUUAAAGGGGCUCAUUAAACCAAUUUAUCAUCCUUUAGUUGAUUGUGGCGAUCAUGUUGUGGUUAUAAACAGUAAACAAAUCGCAUUUCCUGGCGAGGAAUGGCGUCGUCGUGCUUAUUUCCAUCAUACUGGAUAUUCAGGUGGAGCAUCUUGGACUCCAGCUUGGGAAGUACAUGAUAGAGAUCCCACCAUGAUAUUCAGAAAAGCUGUUUAUCAUCAUAUGAAAGGCAAUUUAUUUAGAAGAGUAGUCAUGGAACGAUUACAUAUUUACCCAGAUUCUAACGUGCCAGAAGAGGUUAUGGAGAAUAUUUCCAACCAAAUUCGAUCAUUACGAUCUAUACCUAAAACAUUGGAUUCUUACAGUAAAGAUGAAAUUGAAAAAUAUCCAAAAAUUAUAGAUUACCCUGAAGAUUUUAUUUUAACAAAAAAUUAAUACAACAUAUAUAUUUUGUUUGUAAUAUUUUGAAUGAUUAGACUAUCAUUAGUAUAAUGUAAAGUACAAUUAACAAUAACUAUUAUACAUUUGGUUAGUUGUUAAUUAAUAAUACUUUUUUUCAAUUGAUAAUUAUAUUAUUAUUAUUUUUUUUGUUUAUAUAAGUACAUUCCACGAAUUAAGAGAUAUCUUAAUUUGUGGUACAUUCUAAAGUCCUUUAUUAUUUCAGAAUAGUUUCUUAUAUUUCUAAUAAGGAAACACUUGUGAUCCUCUAUUAAGAAAUAAAAUAUGAAUAAUAAUCUUUGAUUUUCAAAUCUAAUCCUAAAUCCUCAUUUAUAUUCAUUAUUGUAACAUUAAAAAAUGAUGGUAGUUUGAAAAAAAUUCAUUUAGCUGUGAAUGAUUAUCCUGAGACCAAAAAGUACAAUAUGUGAGAAAUUAGUGUGAAGCCGCAUUCCCACGACUGGUGUAUUUGGCUAAUAUUUGGUGCUGGUGGUUACUUGCCAUUCCAUUGGAUCAGCAUACUUGUACAAUUAUUUGUCACUGGUGCUGUUCCCGAGGGUUGUCAGUAAAUGUGACAAAAGUCAAAGGAAUGGCCAAUAAUACUCGUAUUACAUGUCAAGUACACCAGUCGUGUGAACACCGUAAUUAUGCACUGGUCAAAUGUACAACUAUUGGCGUAUUUGUUAAGUACACCAGUCGUAGGUAUGCGGCUUGAUUUUAUAAAUCUUAUAUUAUACAACAUGAAUCACUAAGUAUACACACCCUGUUUUUCCUAUAAUAAUGCAGUUACAUAAAAUAUAAAUUUUGGAAUUUUUAUAUUAUACUGUGUUUAAGUACUUGAGAUUUUUUUGAUCCAUUUAAAGUAUGUUUUGGCAAUAUAAACUUUCAUUUUAAAUAGAA